ACCCAAGCAAGCAACCAACCAACACACACACUCAAAUUGUAUGCAUACUUGUACAUCGCGUAUGCACCAGUAUGAACACAAUAUUAGCCAGGCGACUGGAUCGCGGCAAAAGAAACAACAACAAUACAAUAGUUAGUCACUACAACAACGGUGAUAACUAUAAUAGAGCGAAGAGUCAGCGUUUAGGCUUGCCUGCCCCCUGUUAAGGCAUUUUAAUAAUAAAGAAUAAAAAUAGGGGUAAUAUAGGCAACAACAAAGUACGAAGAGCAAUAUUACUAAUGUAAAUAGUUGGAGAAGUGUACGAGUUAAAGCUUCUGUAUUCAUACGGGGCAGUAAAAUUUUAAUUCAUCAUGAGAUAAAUAAACUAUGCCUACUUGGUCAUCGAAAUUUCGUGUGUAACGGCAGUUGAGCGCAGCACUUAGUGGCGGGCGCAAGUUGUUGCUGGCGCUACAAAACAUUCGGCUAUCAGUUUGUUAGAAGAUACCGACGCGUACGCGUCGUUGGCACGGCGUUGCAAUGUCGUUCGAAUAGUCGCGUUCGCCACGAAAAGUGUCUAUAAUUUUUAGAAAUAUAUAUAAAGAAAUUUUUUGUUUCCAAGUUUAUUGUGAAAAAGCUCGCACGGGCAACGUAUCGUUAGACUUGUGACGCUAGCGGUGCAGGCCCCCUCGAGUGGCGCGAGCCUAUAUUAACUCGAGGGGUGGGGGAUGAAUAUGUUGAACAUAUAUGAACUUUUUGUGAAAAUAAAACAGUGAAAUAAUUCCCUUCGAAGACGCGAGCUCGUGGAUGAUGAAAUUUCUAUUUUUAGUUGUUUGCGCGAUCGCCGCGUUACAUACGCGCUAUAACGGGCAUGCAGCACAGCUGCGACGCGUCUGGAUGCAGGAUCACUGCCAUCACGGUAUUUGCACCGGCAUCGAUAUCGGUCGCAAUGACUAUGUCAUUCUGUCGCAGAUGCCCAUCGCGAAGCAGCUUAUGCUUACCUUUCUCAAUUCCAGCAUCGCCAAAAUACCGCAUCUGAUGUUCGACACCUUUCCAGAUUUGCAGGUGCUGCGUAUGGAAAAUUGCUCAGUCGAAGUUUUUGAGAAGCCACAAUUCGAAGGCGCUAGCAACUUGAUGAGUCUCUUUCUGGGGCACAAUCUGCUGCGCGACAUACCGAAAAAUAUCUUUCUCGGCGCCGAUAAUCUCCACACGCUGCACUUAAAUCAUAAUCAGAUACGCACGCUGCAUAACGCCAGCUUUCAUGCGCUAAAAGAGCUGCAAGAAAUGUCACUAGCUGACAACCAGCUAGCACAGCUGCCACUUGCUGUAUUCGCGCCACUGCGCAAACUUCUAGACGUCAACUUGAGCGGCAAUCGGUUGUCGGCUUUUCCGCGGGGCAUUUUUGAUCGCAACCUUAACUUGACGCGAAUCAAUUUGUCGCGCAAUCGUUUUGUGGCAUUUGAAUCUGAGCUGUUCAAGCUGCAGCCGCGUCUGAAACUCUUAGAUCUAUCGUACAAUGAACUGCAAGAUCUUACGCUCAACUUUGCUGUGCUGGAGAGCGCGAUUUGCAACAAUUGCGACAUACGCAAGCUCACCGUCUAUGGUUACGUCCACGAUCUAGAGUUGCGCAACAAUUCACUACGCGAGCUGCCACAUAUACCGCAUGCGGCCAACGUUAGCGGACUGGAUUUGGCACACAACCCGCUCGGCACAUUGCAGGGCAAUCCGUUGCGACGCUUUACUGGGCUACAGCGGCUCAACUUGAGCUCAAUCGGCAUGCAUGACCUGCCCGAAGAUGUAUUCAAAAAGCAGGCGCAGCUCAAGCAGCUGGACAUAUCAGCGAACUCGCUGUAUAAUUUGAAAUUUCCGCUUUUCAAUGAUUUGAAGUCGCUGCAAUACUUCUACUUCCAGCAAAAUAACUGGAACUGUGAUUUCCUGCAGUUGCUGAUGAACUCGUUUGUGAAGAAGCGUGAUAUAUCCUUUAUGGAGGACACCAUUGAACCGGAACUGGUCGAUGAUUAUGUGGAUGGUGUGGCCUGUUGGUAUGAAAGCAACAAGGCGUCGAAGAAAUGCUCAGGCGACGGCCUGUCGGAGGCCGCUUUAGAGCUGGCCAUUGUGCGUAAUGACAUCAAAUCUUUUACGGAGAUCGUGGAGAAGAAGUUCAUCAAGGUCUACCGUAUGCUCGAUGAGCUGAAGGCUCGUUUGUAGCGUCGACGAGUGCAACGAGAGUGCCGAAAGGAAAUCACCCGACAAUUGACGAUCUGGCUUGAACUAUUAUUAUUCUUACUGGCUUACGUUAUCACUUUAAUCGCUUUAUUGCUUAUCUAAUCGCAUUUAAUAGCAAAUUCUAAGCGCAUAUCUUAUAACCACAAGUAAUACUCGAACUAUAAAGAUAUAUAUAUUUUAAUCGUAUUUAUCCUCCAAUUAUAUCGAAAUAUAUCGUUUAAUCGCAUUUAACCUGAAAUUAUGACAACACAUAUUUACUAGCAUUACAAAAAUGACAACAUUUUAGAAUUUACUAAGUAAUUGACAGAGAUUUAUGAAUUAAGUUUAUAUAUAAAUCAACAACAGUAUAUCGAUUGAUGCAAUAAAUGACUUAGGUUUAAA